AAUCCUGUGACUAUAGAGCAUAACCGAAGUGGGAUCCAGGGCAAAUGGAGCUGAUCAGGUCAAGCCACGGAGAAGAAGAAAACAGGAUGGCAGCAUACCUGGUAUGGGAAGAUCUAACGGUGUCUGUAAUGUCUAGAAACUUGAGGAAUGCUUCUUCCAAAGGGAAGCUGCUACGUGGGCUAACCGGCUAUGCUCAGCCUCACCGCAUCAUGGCUGUCAUGGGUCCUUCUGGCUCAGGCAAAUCAACCUUGCUAGAUACCUUGGCUGGGAGGCUCUCCUCUAAUGUUGUAAUGACAGGAAAGGUUCUACUCAGCUGCAGAAACAGGAACCUACGCAGCAGAGAUGUUGCGUAUGCGACUCAAGAAGAUGUGUUUUUGGGAACUCUAACCGUCCGAGAAACCCUGAGAUAUUCGGCUCAUUUGCGGCUUCCGGCCACAAUGACCAAAGACGAUAUAGAGGAGGUUGUCGAAAAUACGAUCACUGAGAUGGGUCUUCAGGACUGUGCCGAUCGAAAGAUUGGAAAUUGGCAUAUUAGAGGCAUAAGCACCGGAGAAAAGAGGCGACUCAGCAUCAGUCUUCAGAGUUUGACACGACCCCAUGUCCUGCUUUUCGACGAACCCACCAGUGGGCUCGACGGGGCCUCCGCUUUCUUCGUGAUAGAGGCCCUGAGGAGUAUUGCUCUUGACGGGAGGGUCGUCGUCUGCUCCAUUCACCAGCCGAGCAGUGAUGUCUUUCAACUGUUCGAUGAUUUGCUGUUGCUUUCUGAUGGAGAAACUGUUUAUUUUGGAGAAGCAAAGAACGCUAUCAAGUUCUUUGCUGAUGCCGGGUUUCCCUGUCCGACAAGAAGAAACCCUCCAGAUCACUUCCUCAGAUGUAUUAAUUCAGACUUCGACAAAGUCGUUGCCACUUUACUGCAAUCUGGGAGAGACUUUGGAUUUCCAGUAUCGUCCGAGUCUUCUUCCAAUUUGACAACUACAGAAAUCCGAAGAAUACUUGUCCAGAAAUAUAAAUGUUCUGAAUAUUCAAUCAACACAAGGAUUCAAGAAAUUUCUCUCAUUGGAGAACAGUUCAGGGAAUCAAAUAUCAGUUAUCCCAGCUGGUGGAAGCAGCUACAGAUACUGACUCGCCGAUCUUCCCUAAACAUGAGUAGAGAUAUAGGAUACUACUGGUUAAGAUUAGUAUUCUACGUUCUAGUGUCAACCAGUGCAGGGACUCUGUUUUUGGACAUAGGGAAAAGCAAUGCCGCGAUUAUUUCAAGAGGGAAGUGUAAUGGGUUCAUCUACGGUUUCAUGACUUGCUUGUCUAUUGGAGGCCUGCCCUUCUUCACUGAGGAAGUGAAGGUUUUCCUAAGUGAAAGGUCUGGACGGCACUAUGGAGAAGCUGUGUAUGUCCUGUCCAACUUUCUCUCGUCAGUCCCUUUUGUGGUUGCAAUUUCUAUCGGUUCAGGGACUGUCGUGUACUACAUGGUGAAAUUGCAUGUAGGAUUUUCUCACUACUGCUAUUUCUGUAUGAAUCUCUUCUGUUGCAUUGCUGUUACAGAAGCACUCAUACUGAUGGUGGCGACCCUGGUGCCAACCCUCUUGAUGGGCGUAGGAGCUUCAGCUGGGACCUUGAUACUCAUGAUGAUGCCAUCUAAUCUGUUUCGUCGGUUGCCUGACAUUCCAAGGUUCUUUUGGCGUUACCCUAUGUCCUACAUCAGUUAUGCAGCAUGGGCAAUACAGGGACAAUACAAGAAUGAUAUGACUGGACUUGAAUUUGACCCUCCCAUUCCCGGACAGCCAAAACUGAAGGGCGAGAUGCUCCUAGAGUCUGCAUUUGGGAUUAACCCUUAUCACUCUAAGUGGUGGGACUUGACAGCACUUGUGUGCUUAUUGAUCUCUUUUAAAAUACUCUUUUACGUGAUACUAAGGUACAAGGAUGGAGCAUCAUCAAUAUAUCACAGGUUUCGCAUCAAGAUAAGCAACCAAGACUGACUCCCUUGGGAACACUUCAUCGAGAAAAGAGUAAAUCACCUACCUAAAGAUACAGAAACUUCUCCAUGAUUAUCUCCUCAUAGACAAAUCUAUCAUUUGAUUCUUUGAUUCACUACAAUAUAUUUGUUUACAAAAGCAACAAAGAUGAAUAACAGCAAAUCAUUUCU